AUGCAACUUGUUGUCGGCCAACAAGAGGCGGUCAACGCUCCGAACGUAAUUGCCUCCAACGUCACCUCAUGGACGCCUGUGGUCCUCAUGCACGGGAGUGCUUCGAGCACGGCGACGGUGCAGCACACGCGCAACCUACUGGUGCGGGCGAUGCCGGGCGUCUACGUGAAGGCCAUCGAGAUCGGCAACGGCAUCCUCGACUCCCUCUUCUGGCCCAUGGACGACCAGCUGGCCGCGUUCUGCGCCGAGAUGAAGGCCGACCCCAAGCUCGCUGGUGGCGUUAACGUCCUCGGAUUCUCUCAGGGCGGUGUGCUGAUUCGGGCCUACGUGGAGCGGUGCAACAACCCGCCCGUGAAGAACCUCGUCUCCUACUUGGGUCCUCAAAUGGGCGUCUACGGCGUGCCUCGGAUCUGCUGGGUGCCGUACAUCAACACCACGCUCGACACGCUCGUGGGGACGUUCAUCUACUCCGAGUGGGCGCAGCACCUGUUCUCCUUCGCCGGCUACUGGAGAGAUCCUUAUCAGCUGCAGACGUACCACAAGAGGUGCGAAUUCCUGCCCGACAUCAACAACGAGGGUCCCGAGAAGAAUCCGGCCUACAAGAAGAACAUGCUCUCGCUCACCAACUUUGCCAUGGUCUACUCCGAGGUCGAUCAGACGGUCAACCCGCGCCAGUCGUCCGUGUUCGGGUCGUAUGCGCCCGACGAUGAUACCAAGGUCCUCGCGCUGGAGGACCUCGACCUCUACAAGGAGGACUGGAUUGGCCUCAGGGAGCUGGACGAGACGGGCCGUCUGCACCGCUUCGGCGUUUCGUGCUACCACGGGGACUACUACAGUGCCUGCUACGGCGCGGCGCUGAACAAGUACGUCCUGCCCUUCCUGAUGGACACCUGGAACGGCUCCGUGCCGGUCGAGCUCGACCCCAACGACUACGACGACGAAGAAGGCCCCGCGCUCCAGCUCGACGCGCUGCCGUCGUACAUCAGGAUGACCCGCGAGUGA